UUUUUAUCUUCCUGCUUUCUUAGUAAUAUCACGUGUUUUUGUGGGUUAAUCACAGACUCAAUCAAAAUAUCGCUGCAUUAUUCUCUUUGUUUGGUCAAAUUCCAUUCUCGAAGUAAUUGGACGUAGGAGGAAAAUAAUUGUAGGCAGAAUCGAACUUCGAUUGUCGAGGGGGCAACGAUGUCGUCACCGGAGAUUGCUGGCAUCUUGGACAAUUCGAAAGAGCUGGAUCAGUUAAGGAAAGAGCAAGAGGAUGUGCUCAUCGAGAUCAACAAGAUGCACAAGAAGCUUCAAACAAAACACAUACCACUGUUGCUGUUUGUUGAUGGUUUUUUCCCAAGCUAAUGCAGCUCCUGAGGUGGUUGAGAAGCCUGGGGAUAGCUCAUUAGCGAGACUUAAAUUAUUGUACACUCGUGCAAAAGAGCUUUCAGAAACUGAAGUAAGCAUUUCGAACUCACUUGUCAGCCAACUUGAAGCUCUGCUGCCACCUGGACCGCCAGGGCAACCACGAAGAAGAAUAGGAAAAGGUAAAGUCCACUGCUUUGGAUACUCAUCAAUAUAGUUGGCAAUUUGGCAUCUCUCCUGCCAUUUUGGUCAUUCAUGUAUAGUCAAGCUUCAUGAAGAAGAAGGUAAUGAGCAGAAAAAGAAACGGUUAAAGACUGACUCAGAU